UUUAUCUUCCAGAGGGCUUCCUAAGUGUCGCUUAAUCAUUAAAGCAUCCGAUUUCCUCCAAGUUAUCUGUCAUGAGGCUUAUGAUCUAGUGCCCAGGAGGGAGGGACGCAGAGGACUGUGGCCAUGGCCCCGAGGAAGAGGAGCGGCCGGGGGAUCUCCUUCAUCUUCUGCUGCUUCCGCAGCAGUGACCACCCCGAGAUCACGUACCGGCUGCGCAAUGACAGCAGCUUCGCCCUGCAGACCAUGGAGCCCUCGCUGCCCAUGCCACCGGUGGAGGAGCUGGAUGCCAUGUUCAGCGAGCUGGUGGAUGAACUUGACCUCACGGACAAGCACAGAGAGGCCAUGUUUGCACUGCCAGCGGAGAAGAAGUGGCAGAUCUACUGCAGCAAGAAAAAAGACCAGGAAGAAAAUAAAGGAGCCACCAGCUGGCCAGAGUUCUACAUUGAUCAGUUGAAUUCAAUGGCUGCUAGAAAGUCACUGAUCGCCUUGGAAAAAGAAGAUGAGGAGGAGAGAAAUAAAACAAUUGAAAGUUUGAAGACUGCACUGCGGACAAAACCAAUGAGGUUUGUGACCCGGUUCAUCGACCUGGAUGGCUUAACGUGUAUCCUCAACUUUCUGAAAAGCAUGGACUAUGAGACAGCAGAGUCUCGAAUACAUACCUCGCUCAUUGGAUGUAUAAAAGCACUAAUGAACAACUCCCUGGGCCGGGCCCACGUCCUGGCCCACCUGGAGAGCAUUAAUGUAAUCGCUCAGAGUCUGAGCACAGAGAAUAUUAAGACAAAAGUGGCAGUUCUGGAAAUCAUGGGCGCCGUGUGCCUGGUUCCCGGGGGCCACAAAAAGGUACUGGAGGCGAUGCUGCACUACCAGAAAUACGCCAGCGAAAGGACUCGUUUUCAGACGCUGAUCAACGACUUGGACAAGAGCACAGGCCGGUACCGAGACGAAGUGAGCCUCAAGACAGCCAUCAUGUCCUUCAUCAACGCCGUCCUGAGCCAGGGGGCGGGCGUGGAAAGCCUGGAUUUCAGACUCCAUCUGAGAUACGAAUUCCUCAUGCUCGGCAUCCAGCCAGUCAUUGAUAAACUAAGGCAACAUGAAAAUUCAACCCUUGAUCGGCACUUAGAUUUCUUCGAAAUGCUUAGAAAUGAAGAUGAACUGGAGUUUGCCAAAAGAUUUGAGCUGGUCCACAUCGACACCAAAAGUGCAACUCAGAUGUUCGAGCUGACGAGGAAGAGGCUGACGCACAGCGAGGCGUACCCGCACUUUAUGUCCAUCCUGCACCACUGUCUCCAGAUGCCUUAUAAAAGAAGCGGCAACACUGUCCAGUACUGGCUGCUGCUCGACAGGAUCGUGCAGCAGAUCGUCAUCCAAAGUGACAAAGGGCAGGACCCCGACGCCACUCCCCUGGAAAACUUCAACAUUAAAAAUGUUGUACGAAUGUUAGUCAAUGAAAAUGAAGUGAAACAGUGGAAAGAGCAAGCAGAGAAAAUGAGAAAAGAGCACACAGAGCUUCAGCAGAAGCUGGAGAAGAAGGAGAGGGAGUGUGAUGCCAAGGCCCAGGAGAAGGAAGAGAUGAUGCAGACGCUGAACAAGAUGAAGGAGAAGCUGGAGAAGGAAUCCAGUGAGCACAAGCAGGUCAAGCAGCAGGUGGCAGAUCUCACAGCCCAGCUCCACGAGAUGAGCAGGAGGGCGAUCUGUGCUGCCAGUCCUGGAGGACCUCCCAUGCCACCAGGAGCACCUGGUGGCCCUUCACCUUCUCCAACUCCCGGGUCUCUUCUCCCCCCUCCGCCACCCCCACCACUCCCAGGGGUAUGUCCCCCACCGCCUCCCCCACCACCUCCUCCAGGUGGUCCCCCACCUCCCCCUGGCCCCCCACCUCUGGGUGGGAUGAUGCCUCCCCUUGGAGCACCCCUGGGCAUGGCCUUCAAGAAGAAGAGCAUCCCUCAGCCAACGAACGCCCUCAAGUCUUUCAACUGGUCCAAGCUUCCAGAGAACAAGCUGGCAGGCACUGUGUGGACCAACAUAGAUGACACAAAAGUGUACAAAAUCCUGGACCUUGAAGACCUGGAAAGGACAUUCUCUGCCUACCAAAGACAGCAGAAGGAAGAUGCCAUCGAUGACACUUUGAGUUCCCGGCACAAAGUCAAGGAGCUUUCUGUCAUAGACGGCCGGAGAGCUCAGAAUUGCAACAUCCUCCUCUCCAGGCUGAAACUCUCGAAUGAGGAGAUCAAACGGGCUAUUUUGACAAUGGAUGAGCAGGAGGACCUCCCAAAAGACAUGCUGGAACAGCUCCUGAAGUUUGUUCCUGAAAAGGGUGACAUUGACCUGCUGGAAGAGCACAAGCACGAGCUGGACCGCAUGGCCAAGGCUGACCGGUUCCUCUUCGAAAUGAGCAGGAUAAACCAUUAUCAGCAGAGGCUGCAGUCCCUCUACUUCAAGAAGAAGUUUGCAGAGAGAGUUGCAGAGGUCAAACCCAAGGUGGAAGCCAUUCGUGCUGGCUCCAAGGCAGUGCUGCAGAGCACCAGCCUCCAGCAGCUCCUGGAGGUGGUCCUGGCCUUUGGGAACUACAUGAACAAGGGCCAGAGGGGCAACGCCUUCGGGUUUAAGAUCUCCAGCCUCAACAAGAUCGCGGACACCAAGUCCAGCAUUGACAAGAACAUCACCCUGCUGCACUAUCUCAUCACUGUCGUGGAAAAGAAAUAUCCCAAAGUCCUCCGCCUGCACGAGGAGCUGCGAGACAUCCCGCAGGCAGCCAAAGUCAACAUGACUGAGCUGGAGAAAGAAAUAAACACUCUGAGAAGUGGCCUGAGAGCAGUGGAGACUGAGCUGGACUUCCAGAAGUCUCAGGUUCAGCAAGCAGGUGACAAGUUUGUGUCUGUCGUCAGCCAGUUCAUCACACUGGCCAGCUUCAGCUUCUCGGAUGUGGAAGAUCUCCUGAUGGAAACAAAAGAGCUGUUUUCCAAGGCUGUGAAGCACUUCGGAGAAGACACAGACAAAAUGCAGCCAGAUGAAUUCUUUGGCAUCUUUGACCAGUUCCUUCAAGCUGUGACCGAGGCCAAGCAGGAGAAUGAGAACAUGAGGAAGAGGAAGGAGGAGGAGGAGCGCCGGGCACGCAUGGAGGCCCAGCUGAAGGAGCAGCGGGAGCGGGAGCGCAAGGCGAGGAAGGCGAAGGAGACCGGGGAGGAGAGCGGCGAGUUCGAUGACCUGGUGUCGGCCCUGCGCUCGGGAGAAGUCUUCGACAAGGACCUCACCAAGCUGAAGCGCAACCGCAAGCGCAUCACCAACCAGCUGGCGGAGAGCGGCCGCGAGAGGCCCGUCACCAAGCUCAACUUCUGAGAAACAAACUGACAACAAAACCCGGCAAAAGACACGCGGGUCAGUCUUUCUGAAGUGGCUGUGGUUUUUGGUUGGUUUGUUUAUUGUUAUUUUUUUUUGCGUUUCCAUGACACUGCCUUGCGAUUCGAAGCGGAACAGUGGCACGCUCUUUGUCCCCGCGGGCGAGCGUGGGUGUGUGUAUAUACUGUGUAUAUAGUCGGGUCGGGGGCGUGUGGAGGGAGGUGCGUGGGCAGCUCGCGUGGGUGAGUGCCAGCACCGACUCCUCCCCGCUCCAAAAGUAGUUCUCCCCAUGCACAAGCACAAUGCCGCGUCCGUGGAGCAAGAGAGGACCCAACCCCAAGCCGCCGGUUGUCCCCGUGGUCCCAAAGCCAACGGGGAGAAGCUGCCUCCUGCUGCUCUCCUGCUCAGAACCCCCAGGGGCCAUUUGCAGGGGACGCCUUGCACACAAGCCAAGCGGUUUAAAGAAGAAAAAAAAAAAAAAAAAAAAAAAAAAAAAGAAAAAAGCAAAGUUGACUGAACUUUAAUGCAUUGUUUGUUUGUUUGUUUUCUCUCAUUGUUGUGAUUAUUCUGAGAAACUCGCAGAUCUGCGCGUUCGCGCUGGCUCCCGAGCCCGGCGCCGCGGGCGCUCCCAGAGAUGCUCUUCCCGUCAUCCUUGGGAAAUUCUCUUUUUCCUCCUGCUGCCACCUUGCUAAAGGACAAACUUUACCCCAAAGUGCUUCUCGCUGUAACGCCACACUGAUGUAUUUAUACUUUUGCAACGUUUUCUGGCCCAAGACGGUGGGAAAGGUUCGGUUCUCGGAGGAGACGAAGAGCACAAACUUUUGCGUUGUAACUUUUGUUCUUGCUUUCUGUUCAAUGGGACAAACUGUAUCUUCUGUCAAGGUGGGUCAGGACCAAAUGUCUCUGAAAUACAAAGGGGUUGGGGUAAAACCCACCAGCUUUCACCCACCUUCUUUUCCUUUUUCUUUCUCGGACACACAGAAGCAGCGAUGCCAAGAAACACUCGUCUCUUAGCCAGGUCCUUUUUUUGACUGGUUUGCUGUUCAUUGUCAUUGCAAAUUUGUAAGCAGAACUACCUGUCAAAUGUCAGUCCAAAAAAAAAAACAAAAACGAAAAAGACAAAAAAAAAAAACCAAUAAUAAAAGUAAUUCAGAGCUCUCAGGGAGUAAUAAUUUAAGGGUUUAGAAAAUUAAGAAUUGGAGAAUAAAAAAUAACCACCAUUAACAUAUUAACAUUUGUAUUCUUAAAUUAUGCUGAGUAUAUAGAGGACUGUUACUUUUUACUUUUAUUUAUUUGUGGUAUGUUUUUUAAGAAAGCAAAACAAAACCUUUUUAUACCACCAAUACUUUUGUGAUCUUUUUUUUUUUUUUUUUUUUUGUUUGUUUGUUCUUUUUCCUGUGGAGAGAUGAGUUUGUCCCUGUUGCACUAGAUAUUAACACUAUUUGAAAUAAGGUUGGUUGUUCUUUUUUAUUUUUUUUUUUGUCAGAUAAUCGGUAUUACUGGUGGGGUAUGGGAUGCCAGUUAACUAUAUGUACUGUAUAGCAAAAGUGCUGUUUAAACUAAUUUGUAUAGAAAAAAAUAUGGUUCUAAGCACCUGAAGGCCGCAGGGUCUGUGUGCUGAGUGAAAGCUGUGAAAUCUCUCUCAAAGCAGAGUUGUCAAGAGCUGUGGUUUUACCAUUUUGUUCUUUCCUUCAUUGCAACAUUUAACGCACUGUAGAUUUUAAAAAAAAAGAAGAAAAAAAAAAAAAGAAAAAAGGAAAAAAAAAAAAGACUUUCUGAGUAGCAUAUAAAGCAGUAAUAAAUAUAGCAGGUAAGCUCUGAAAUAAAGUCCAGCACCUCAUAUCCAAGCAGCUGCAAAACCUGCAGAUUAUGUUCAAAGGUGGAGUUAAGCACUUUGCUUUAAGAAGGAGGGGGAAAUAAAGACAAAAGGUAAUGAUAAUACUAUUCCUUAACUAAAGUGCCUCUAUUUAUAUUUUUUAUUUAUGGCUGAAAAAAAUGGGGCUGAUACAAUUGAGGGAAUGGACUAUGGGGGGAAUUGAAAAUAUAUAAAAUAAGAAGAAAAAAAAAAAGGUUUAAAAAAAAAAAAGUUUGGCUUCUGAUGGUUUAAGGAAUGGUUGGUCACAUGUGUUUAUUAUUGGACAGGUGGUGGAGGUCAGAAAGGGAGAUCUCCUCCUGGGGUCUGGGUGCCAGCACCCACCCCAGCUCCUGCCUCUGCAACCCCAGUGCCACAUCAGGACCUUUCCUGACAGAUUUCCUCUUGCCCUUCCAAACCUCUUGGGUUGUUUGUUUUUUUUUUAAUUGUUUUACAACAGCCUGAUUAUCAGGCUGACUUUGCCAUUUCUUUGUUUUCUUUCAAAAAAAAAAUAGAAAAAAGAAAAAAUAUUAUAUCUCUAUAAAUAAAUACAAAGGCUGUGUGCAGGUAAUUCCAUGUGCCAUUGUCGAAAACUACUUUUAGAUUGGUGCUGGUGUAUGUAGCCACUCUUUUCUCUUGGGUGUGUAUUUUAAAGAUGAUUUUUUUUUUUUUUUUAAUAAUGCCAAAAAAAAAACAAACAAAAAAAAUCCAUAAUAAUUUGUAAACAAAAGUUUAUGUCUUGGACCUUAUUAGCUUCGUAGUGACUAAGGUAGUCUGUUAGGUGCAAGGAUGUUAGUAGUUCUAGCUAGUGGGAAAUGCUGUGUAAUGUUAUGAGACUGUACAUUUUCUAAGAUGGCAAUAUGCAAUAAAGCAAAACAAAUUCGGU